AUUCAUCACCAGACGGAGCUGUUCCGGCGGAAACAGUAAAGUUUUGAACACGCAUGCCUGAGAAUGGCUUCGGUUCGUCUUAUCGCAGCAAGAAAUUCGAAAUUUCAACUUCUAUCAAGAUAUCUAUGGAGCUCUGUCGCUUCCAGGAACUAUAGUGUUAAAAAGACAAGUAUAUCAAAAGACUACCAAGUUGUCGAUCAUGAAUACGAUGCUGUUGUUGUGGGAGCAGGUGGAGCUGGAUUGAGAGCCGCUUUCGGUCUAUCCGAAAAAGGAUUUAAAACUGCCUGUAUCACGAAACUCUUUCCUACAAGAUCCCAUACUGUUGCUGCUCAAGGAGGUAUUAAUGCCGCAUUGAGCAAUGUUGACGACAACCCGAAAGACAAUUGGCAUAAUCAUUUUUAUGAUACUGUAAAGGGAUCUGAUUGGCUUGGUGACCAAGAUGCAAUCCAAUAUAUGUGUGAAGAAGCUCCAAAAGCUGUUAUCGAACUCGAAAAUUAUGGUAUGCCAUUUUCGCGUUUAGAAAAUGGUGAUAUCUAUCAAAGAGCUUUUGGCGGACAAGCUUUAAAAUUGGGAACAGGAGGACAAGCCCAUAGAGCUUGCUGUGUUGCCGACAGAACCGGGCAUUCAAUGUUGCAUACUUUGUAUGGUCGAUCACUGAUGUACGAUACAGAUUACUUUAUAGAAUACUUCGCAAUGGAUCUCCUAAUGGAGAAAGGCGAAUGUGUUGGUGUUAUUGCAAUGAGUCUUGAAGAUGGAAACCUUCAUAGAUUCAAGGCAAAAAAUACUGUUUUGGCAACUGGUGGCUAUGGAAGAGCUUAUUUCUCAUGUACUGCAGCCCAUACUUGCACAGGGGAUGGUACUGCCAUGAUUUCAAGAGCAGGUUUACCUAAUAUGGAUAUGGAAUUUGUUCAGUUUCACCCAACUGGAAUUUACGGAGCUGGAUGUCUUAUGACUGAAGGUUGCCGAGGUGAAGGAGGUUAUCUGAUCAACAGCGCCGGUGAAAGAUUUAUGGAACGUUACGCUCCAUCUGUCCUUGAUCUGGCUUCAAGAGAUGUUGUUAGCAGAUCAAUGACAAUAGAAAUCAGAGAAGGAAGAGGAGUUGGACCUGAUAAAGAUCAUAUUUAUCUACAGCUUAGUCACCUCCCCCAAGACCAAUUAGCGAAAAGACUUCCUGGUAUCUCUGAAACAGCCAUGAUUUUUGCAGGUGUUGAUGUUACUCGUGACCCUGUGCCUGUUCUUCCCACUGUACAUUAUAACAUGGGAGGUAUUCCUACAAACUAUCUCGGUCAAGUCAUUAACUAUGACAAAACCAAUGGUACUCAGAUUGUUCCUGGACUAUAUGCUGCAGGUGAAUCUGCGUGCGUUUCUGUUCACGGAGCUAACCGAUUAGGAGCUAAUUCUCUUCUAGAUUUGGUUAUCUUUGGUAGAGCUUGUGCAAACACUAUCGCAGACACUAACAAGCCUGGAGAAAAAGUACGAGAAUUAUCUGAAACAGCAGGAGAAGAAUCCAUAGCAAAUCUUGAUGCCGUUCGAAAUGCUGACGGACCCGAGCCAACAGCCGCCGUUCGUUUGGAUAUGCAGAAGACAAUGCAAACGAACGCAGCCGUUUUCAGAGACGGAAAUGUAUUAAAAGAAGGCUGUCAAAAAUUAGACGACGUUUUUGCUCGGAUGAAAAAUAUCAAGGUAGUCGACAAGGGCAUGACUUGGAAUUCAGAUUUGGUUGAAACACUCGAACUUCAGAAUUUAUUAUUGAACUCUCUUCAAACUGUAUACAGUGCCGAAGCAAGAAAGGAAAGUAGAGGAGCUCAUGCCAGAGAAGAUUUUCAGACGAGAAUUGAUGAGUAUGAUUACACCAAGCCAUUGGAAGGUCAAAAAAAAUUGCCCGAAGACCAGCACUGGAGAAAACAUACCGUCUCUACCAUUGACCCCAAAACUGGAAAGGUUCAGCUCACUUAUAAACCAGUUGUCGAUGACACAAUGGACUCUAAAGUUACUACAAUUCCGCCUAAACCUAGGAAAGUGACUGUAAGACAAACAAAUCAACUGUUGGAUGUCGCUGCUAUCGACCAGUAUGACCUUGAAUUCAGUAAUGCUGUUGAUAGCCUAAGUAAAUUUCUUCAGUAUUAUCUACCACUCGCUGAAGCACAUAAUACCGACUUCUUUACUGAAGAUUGUUGGGAAAAAAUCGUUCCUGAAAAGUUGAAAAAUGACUUAUCAAGCUUAAAUUCUGAAAAAUUAUCGAAUCUUCUGACUGAUUGUCAACCAGUUGACCCGAGAGAAUCAUAUUCAGUAGAAGACUCUGCGAACUGUCUUCAACUAUUUGUCUCUUUUGUGAAAAAACAUACUCUUCCAUAUUUAAACGUUCUCACCGAUUUAGAAACUUUAUAUGAAAACUUUACUGGCAAACCAAAUACUGUCCAAGUCGCUUCAUUUAUGACUGACAAAAAGUUUCAUGAGACUUAUGAAAUGUCAGAAAUUAUAUAUUCCAUAUGUAGAUAUCAUAAAGUUAAUUGCAUUGUCGAUAUAGGCAGCGGACGAGGGUAUCUUUCAAAUUUUCUCACUUUAAAUUGUAAUUUGAAUGUUUUGGGCAUUGAAGGUAGCAAAUCUAUCAACGAAAGUGCAAGCUUUAGAGAAGUCAAAUUAAAAAAAUAUUGGAAUACACUUAAGGACAAUGCAUUGAAAAAAACUGAUAAUCAAGAAAAACCCAAUCCUGAUGAAAUUGGAAAAACUGAAGCGAAAUUCAAACGAUUAACUUGCUAUGUAACGCCUGAUUUAAACUUAGAUCCAAUAUUGGAGGAAAACUUUUCAACUGAGAUAGAUAAGAUAGGAGUUGUUGGUCUACACACUUGCGGAAGCCUAGCUAAUAGUCUAAUAGAAUUAUUUCUUAAUCAGAAUAAAGCACGUCUGUUGGUAAACGUUGGCUGUUGUUAUCAGCAUAUUUUACCCGAAGAGUUUCCACUAUCAUCACCAUUAAAGAAAAGAAAUUUCAAAUUGAAUAGAAAUUGUCGAAUGUUAGCUACUCAGGCUGCAGAGCGAAUGGAAGAUGGCUGUAAACUAGCUCCUAUAAGUAUGCUAUGGAGGUGCACUCUCCAAAAAAUUCUGAUUGAUUUGACAAACAACAAAGCACAAAAAGAUGAUUGGAAAGUAGGGAAAAUCGCAAAAAGGUGCUCUAAUUUUGUUGAAUACUGUAAGAAAUCUUUUAGAUUGUUAAAAAUCGAAAAUACUCUUACUGAUGAAGAAAUAGAAGCAUAUAUCAAUGACACAGCGGCCAUAAAAUGGAAAUUAGAUGCAUUUUUUAAAUUAAGAACCCUUCUAUCUCCUUGCAUAGAAGCAAUAAUUCUAUUAGACAGAAUGUACUAUCUCAUAGAGAAUGGAACCAAAAAUGUUCAUAUAAUUCAACUAUUCAAACCGUUAAAGUCCCCACGUUGUUACGCUUUGGUUGGGGAUAAAACAAGAGCAAAUUAA